AUGAGGAAUCAGAGAAAAGCAACCAAGUCAACGCCUCCCAACUCUACGUCUUUACCAAAGCUCAUCGUACGCAGCAAAGAGCCUUUGAAACAAGAUCAUCCCAUCGAUGAUGAUGAUCCUAUUAUGUCGGAUGACGAACAAGGUGCUGACGGUGCUGCAUCUCGUAACAGUAGUCGGUUGACUCCUAUGGAGUCGUCUACUGUUGAAGAUGAUGUAGAAGAGGACGAGAACGAUACAGAUCAGCCACAGGAUCAGGCUAAGGUGGAAGAGAGUCAACCAGUCCAACAACGCUCAAAUAGCAUAAACACUCCACUUGCAGAAGCGGCUAGAGCUGUUUCAACAAGUAGUAGCGUCCACACAAAUCAACAGCCUUCUCACAACCCAGUUUGGCUGGCUGAGAAGAGUCCAUAUCAACAGAAUGAGAAUAUUGCUCAGUUAAUGGCACCAACUCUAGACACGUCACCACUUAUACCGCCAAACUUGCCAGUUGUGCAACCAAUGCAGCUCGAAUAUUUGUUUGAGAGCCAAGAAACACCACAACGAAGACUCAGUAAUGCUACUGGUAUGGAAGACAUUGACACUACGAGUAAUGAUAUCACAGACACGACUGGAAGUAGUAAUGGUGUGAUUGACUCGGCCGUCAUGUCACUGUAUAAUCCUAAUCCAGAUUCAUCGCCAUUACGUGAAACACCCUUUGGUGUUGAGAAGCGACUUCCAUUCGGAUCUCAUGGUGCUCUGCCACCUAGUAGGGGUCUUCGAUUCUCCCUCUUCUCGACCACAAAACCAAACUCUCCAGUAUACGGCUUUUUGCAACGGGAGGGAGCAGUGACUGCUCGACCGGUGACUCCCAUAGCUCAGCAGCAGGAUCCGCUAGAUGGAAUAUCUCUGGAUGAGUGGUCUCAACAAUUGGAAACGCCUGCGCCGCCAGGCAAUGUCCCUAAAAAGACUCCUGGUGCAGUCAUGGAAGCAUUAAGAGCAGGGAAUGGAAGGAAUAUCAGUCUGCAAAGUGGAUUUGCCUUGGUCAACUCGGCUUUAAACACUCCUUUUAAGUUUUCGUCGGCCAGAACCAUGCCUCCGCCCCAAGUGUGGCGUUCAAUACCUUCGCAUCCCACUGGUAUGAGUAUGCCACCCAUGCAUCGUGAUGGUGGACCGUCUGUAACUGCUAUAGUUGAAGAUGCAGGGUUGCAAGACACUGCCAUAAAAGGACUUGUGACUGAACUCGUUGUAGCACGCCCUAGUCCAAAGAGACCGCUACUAGUAGAUGAUGAGUACGGUGAUGCCGAUGCCGGGUCGUCACCUACUUUAUUCGAAACAGUCCGCAAAUCAUCACCAUACGGAGUCAAAUUGUCAGAUACACAAUCCCUCCAAUCUCCAUCGCACAGAAAUUCGCCACGACAGUCAGAACUCACUAAACGAUUCAAAGCCAUGUCGGACAAUACAGACAUUCUGCACAGUAAUGCAAACGAUGUCAUAACGAGUCGUGAUGAGACGGACGACUUCUUUUUCAGGGAAGAUCUGUUCAGUAAAUCUAGGCCACUCACCGAUAAACAACCAGCUAUGCCACCUCCACUACCGCCACCAAUAAUACAAGGUCCUGUUGCUGGUACUAGUAGUCGAUCUAAUAUAGAAGCUACACCCCGGAUCCCAUCAGAUGGGGUCGAUCAGGUUCCUCGACCACCUAAGAGGUUGGCGACACGUAGUCAACUAUCCACCAAACCAGUAGAAGUCGUCAAGCCACCAACGUCAUCUGUGUAUGAAAAGACUCCCAAAAUGCCAAAGGAGAAAAAACGGGCUGCACGAGCCAAGUACGCAGAACCUGUUAUGAACGAAGAGUCCAUGAAAACUACUGCAGUCGUAUCAGCUGAUGGAGACGGCUCUGUAUCACCAUCAAGCCUUAAACGCAAGAUGAAGGAUGAUAGCGACACUGUAGACGAAAACUACAGCAAAUCGGCCAAAAUGGACGACCAAAUAAUAGUCUCCAAUGGUCAGUCUGACAAUAAGGGUAAUUCUGAUAAACUACAUAAUGAUGAUGUCGUCUCUGUUGUGGUCGGCCACAAGCCAACUCGUAACGGACUGCCUUCAAUUAUGGGAGGAGCUGGUAACCUCUCUGUAAAUAAUGAUGACGGUCAGUCUGUAAAUGCUACUGAGAAUGCUGUAUAUGAUAAUCAACCUCUCGCCUCUCUCGACCGAGUUGAGCCUUUGAUUGACUUGCAACGACAUAUUGAUUCUCAGAAGAGAUCUGAGUCGUCAAGCUCAAAUCAAUUCGAAGACUUCUCACCCACACAAGAACUAAUGAUUCAUGACUUGACUCAGAAGUUUCGAAAUCCAGAACACACAGCCACUCUGCCCGCAGCUGUAGCUCCCACCACCGCAGCUGCACUUCCCGCCCCUAAUAUUAAUAGUGAUGUACCAUACUUCAUGACGGCAUCUCAAAAGACCAUCAAUAUUUCAGAGGAUGCACUAGCCAAAGCUUCUGAAAUGUUCAAGACAGGAGGAAUAUAUUCAGGUUUUCCUGGUGGUGUCUCGUUAAAGGAGAUUGCAAAACCUCCAGGAGUAUCCGACACGUAUUUACCUUUAUCAUCACAGUCUGUCAAGACCAAUCGUAAUACAGGUAGUGCCUCUAGAUCUAUGUUUGAUGAUGACAAGUCGAUCUUGUCUCAACAUCAUACUCGAUCUCAGCUACAUCCUAAUCGAUCCCAGUCGAAUUUUGCAUCUCAGCAACAGUUGCAAAUGAAUAAUCGCCAAGCUCAGCUGUCUCAGCGAGCUAAGUGGCCAGCUCGUAUAGAAGACGAAGGAGCUGAAGAACUGGAUAUAGUAGGGCCAGCUGUCGUAGAACCCGCUGUUAAAGAUGGAAUGGAAACAACAGUUGAGCUUCAAAUAACAACAGCCUCAGAAGAGGCGUUUUUCGCUCAUGAUCAGAUAGUCGAACAAGAUUUCGUUGAUGCAGAAAAUCAACUAGCUGCUUCUAAUGUUAUGUCUGAAAUCACUGAUCAUGAAGAACAACAACAGGCUCGCUUGAGUUUAAACAAGUUAGCAUUCGAUAAUAAUAGUGGCUUUGCUGUACCUCAGCUUCCAAUGCGGUUUGUUGGUUCUCGAACUGCAAACUGCAAGCAAUCACCGCCAGUAUUGGAAACUGCCCAUAAACGAGCUAUGGCACUAGUGCAUGCAACUGAAAAUGACGUCAAAGAUGAGGAAGUAAAUCAUUACGAGAUCGAUAUAUUUGACGACAAUCUAUUAGACAUUGAAUUGCCCGCUAUAGAGUUUGGUGGUGUAAGCAAGGAUUCAGAGGAUGAAUCUGCUCCAGCAGUGGACAUCCCGCCUUUCCUUCGAGGCUUCUCAACUGGAGCUGGAGCACCUACAGCCGCAGAUGCAGAUUUAGCACGUAAGGCUGAGAAAAUAGGAGUCAAGCAUUUUGGUGGUUUCGCAACAGCCAAAGGUGCACCACUGGCCAUAUCAAAUGCAGCUCUUGCCCGAGCGAAAGCUUUAUAUGAUGCAUACUGUAUCAGUACCAAUGAAAGGACUGUGGAACACUCAAUAGACGUCAAACAGUUUGGUGGUUUCGCAACGGCUAAUGGUGCACCACUGCCCAUAUCAGAUGCAGCUCUUGACCAAGCAAAAGCAUUAUAUGAUGCAGACUCCAUCACUACCAAGGAAACUAAUUUAGAAAAUGCAGUAGAAGUCAACCCUUUUGGUGGGUUUGCAACAGCUAAAGGUGCACCACUGCCCAUAUCCGAUGCAGCUCGUGACCGAGCAAAAGCAUUAUAUGACGCAGGUUCUAUCAAUUCCAAUCAAUCGAAUGUAGAAAGUGCAAUAGAAGUCAACCACUUUGGUGGGUUCGCAACAGCCAAAGGUGCACCACUACCAAUAUCCGAUGCACCACUACCAAUAUCCGAUGCAGCUCGGGACCGAGCAAAAGCAUUGUAUGAUGCAGACUCUAUCACGACCAGUGAAACGAAUAUAGAAACUGCCAUAAGUAAAAGCAUACGCUCCGAGGUGGUUGGAUUCCAUCCGCCGCAGAUCAAAGGAGGUGGAGCCUUGGCCGUACCAUCUGGACUGCCUCGAACUUCAUUGCUAAAUGCUGCUCCAGGUGCAGCAAGUAGUAGUGCACCUAGUAAAGGCAACAGUCGUAGUGCACCUGUCACGCCCGUAGGGGUUGCUCGAGGAAGAGCACCAUUCAAGUCUCCAAUGACGCCAGCUGGUCUACAAAAGGGCAUUGUUGGACCUCGUCGCGGCGGUGGUCGACGACGAUUUGUAGAGAACUCGGUCAGCAGUGAGAACGCAGAUCCGAACGAAAGUAACAAGAAGAAUCUCACAACUUUGUUCGAUUUGACUGCUCCUGCUUCGCGACAAACCUUGAGAGAAGCGAUUGGACGUGAACAGAGCUAUGACUUUGAUGACUUGAUGGCACGGAAUGUGCCUAUCGAUGUCAUUGCUUGCUCAGUUCUGUCAGCCUCUACCUAUGCCUUCAAUCAGAAUUGGGCUAAUGUUGAAGCCAGAAAGGCCUUGAUUGAUGCUGGUGCAGACACAACCCUAGCAAGCGAAGAAUGGAUUUCGAAUCACUAUAAAUGGAUUGUCUGGAAGUUUGCCUGUAUGAUUCGGUCAAAGCCUGAUCUGCUGCAGGACUUGUGGAAGCCGUCUUCUGUAGUUGACCAGCUUUGUUAUAGAUACGAACGAGAAAUCAAUCUUGCGCAUCGGUCUGCUCUCAAACUGAUUAUUGAAAGGGACUCUUCGCCGUCUCAAUUGAUGGUUUUAUGCGUCUCUGCUAUUUACUCUGAAGGUGCAAGUACAUGUAUCGAGCUCACAGAUGGAUGGUAUUCGAUCAGAGCUUGUCUGGAUUCUACUUUGGAUACCUUGCUUCGUCAAGGCAAGAUUUAUGUUGGAUUGAAAUUGCGUAUUUCUAGCGCCAAGCUCUUGGGUCCACCAGAACCGUGUCCGGCUCUAGAAGUUACAAGCAGUACUGUUCUUCAACUUCAGGUCAACUCAACUCGUCUGGCUCGGUGGGACGCUAAACUUGGAUUCCAAGCAAAGAGAGUAGAUCCAAUGGCUUUGAAGUGCCUUAUACCUGAAGGUGGUGAUGUCCCUUGUAUUGAUGUCAUCAUCAUGAGACGGUUUCCUGCUCGUUUUAUUGAAAAGAAGAGCGAUACUGUACGUAUAACAAGGUCUGAACGAGAAGAAUCUUUGGCAAAUCUGAUGCAACGAACGUAUUCAGCACUUGUCAUGGAAUCUGAAAUGGAUCCAAGAAAGUUCGGAGAUAACCCCACACCGCCCAGGUUUUCAAAGCUUCCUGGUGAUUUGAAGCACAUCGAAAACGCGGAAGACUUGUAUGAUUGCAUGCGACUACAUACUGAUCAGCAGUCGUUCAUGCAAUUGUUGACCAGCUCGCAACGUGAACGCCUUCAAGACCAUGUUCGUCAAAAACAAGAAUUCAAGAACUCUAAUCUGAUGUCACGGAUGCAGGACGAGAUGAGGGAACGAAUCAAGCCUCGCGAUGUUUCCAAGUCAGUGAAGUUCCGAAUUUGUGACUAUCCACCCGAGAAUGCUGGAUUAGAGCAUGUUCGAGAGACGUUCCUAACUAUAUGGAAUCCUGAUAACAGUGCUUUGUCGUCUUUGACAGAGGGCAGACGUCUCCGAAUAUUUGGUGUCUCGGCAGGUAAAGAGAAGGCUGUCAACCCAAAUCGGUAUCGUGGUGGCAGUAUGCUGUCCGUUCCGUUACGAGUGUCAAAGAAACUGAUGGCCAAAGAAAUGCCGUUCUCGGAAGGAGAAUGGCACCGUACGCUGUAUCAGCCUCGACGAUGGGUGAAAUGUCAAGAGCUAGAUUGUUUGGAAAAGUUUGAAGAGGCUGACUUGCUCGCAGUCAUUAUUGCCGUAGAUGAACCAGUUCAUUUGCAAGGGACCUAUGAUAGGGUUACCCAGCGGCUUGUAUGUACAGAUCCAUCCGGUGGUAUAGUGGUGGUUCGGACAUUUUCAAUGGACAUUCAGUCAUUGCCAAGAGCAUCGUUUCUCCCCAAGACACCUAUUGCUUUCAUGAAUCUAGAAUUUGAAGAAUACCAGGAUGGAGCCUUCAUUUUCAGAACCAAAGAGGAUACAGAGAUCAAACUUUCUGCUUCUCAAGGCGUCCUGAGAACUAAGUUCGAUGAGCUUUUGUCCUGGAUUAGCAGUGUUGAAGAUAUAGAGAGUCUCGUGAAUCAAGGUCGCUCGGCUCUCGCUCGCCCCACAGCAUAUGGCACUACAUAUCAACAACAGCAACCAAUAAUCACCACACUUGAUGAAAGUACGAAUAGUAAAUCAGACGGUGCUGCACUUCCACGUCUGCCUGGGUUACCACCUUUGUAUCUCCAUCGACCUACUAGACCAUCGGGAUUACGAAAGAGCACAAGUCCUGAUCGAAGACCUGUGACUGUAUUAAACCAAGCGACAUUGUCACCACGAGUCAAGGAUUCCACUACGAUACGCAAACAGGCGUACAUAACGCCCUUUUCGUCAUGUCGAGUCGUCAUACUCGACAAUGGGACACUUGAUUCAUCUUACAUUUUAUUUGAAGAAGACUGUACGGGUUUCGUAGCCAGCAUUCCUAGUAAUAAUAGUAACAGUAAACUAGUGCAUCUUCAGUUGGACGCAGGUGGAUUGAUUCGAGUCAAAAUGGAUCAGGCCAUAUUUGAUGAACUAGUCGAGUUGGCAUGCCCAGGCAAGAAAAUGUCUCUGAAUUGGUUGAUGGCGGAUGACAAGGAUGGUGACAAUCGAGGUGCGAGGUUGAAUCAACUAUCUGAAGCGUUGUGCUAUCAAAUCGUCCAAUUUGAAUUGACUCCAGAAUCCACAACAGACAAAGAGGCCAGCAUCACCUCAGACAUAUUCGAAGUCCAAUCCGUUUGCAUGCCUUCAGUAGAUGAAUCUUUAUAA